AUGAAGAAAUCCAACGGACCUCGCGCAAGUGCCGUUGCCGCAUCAGAGACCGUCGUCAUCGUCUUCAAACUACGCGAGAAGCAAAAACACUAUACCUUACACAAACGGCUGUUGACAUACCACUCUGGAUACUUUCGAAGCCGCCUUGCCGACGGAUCGGAAAUCUAUCACGUUUCCGAGUCCGCAGAUUUCGAUACCAUGGAUUUCGACAUUCUCGUUGACUGGAUGUAUGAAAGGAGCCUUCCUGCUCUGAUCGACAUGGAGAGUGAUGAGGACAUGCUGAACGUUUACAUGAUAGCGGAAAAUCUAUCGAUCGGAACCUUGAAGAACGCAUUGAUGGAUGUCCUGUUCGAUUGGCUGCCACCUUGCUUUCUCAGUGCCGAGGACCUCGAAAUGAUCUGCGAGAGUUUGCCACAGAAUGAUCCUCUACUCCGGCUUACCACAGAUAUAUUCUGUUUGAAGGGAUGGGUUGAAGAGCUGAGUAAUGGGCACCCCGGGUGGGUUGAUAACUUGCCACAGCAAUUUCUGGUUCGUGUGAUCCAAAGGAUGGACCAACUCAGUAAGCUGCCGGAGGCCGAUCGUGAGCUCAAACGUGAGGACUACGACAUCGUUGAGUGUGUAUCAUCUGAGGAUAAAGACGGAGAAUGA